AUGGGGAGAACAAGGGUUCAUCUCCUAGCCUCUCUAGAAACUUUCUGUCUCAUCCUAGCAGUCUAUCCAUUUCAGGUAAUAGGUGACAUGACCGACAGCCUUGACAUGCUAUGGGGCCACCAAACUGUGUCGUUGUCCCUCGACCGCUGGACGACCUACCUCUUCGGGAGGUUUGACAUGGACAUCAAGCUCGUCGCCAAAGGCUCUGCUGGCACUGUCACCACACUGUAUAUGAUAACAGAGGGGCAGUGGCAAGUACAUGACGAGAUCGACCUCGAAAUCUUGGGGAACAGCACGGGCAGGCCAUACACCUUGCACACAAACAUCUAUGGCAGAGGGAAAGGUGGCCAAGAAAAGCAGUAUCGACUUUGGUUUGAUCCCGCUGAAGAUUUCCAUACCUACUCUAAUAUUCAAAUGUUGCUACACAUAUAUCAGCCAAACACAUUGUGCCCAAUAAUCCUAUACAGAUGA